UCCCCCGCCUCCCGCCGGCUGCGGCCGCGUACAUAAACACGGCCCCGCCGCCGCCGGGGCGCUCCGCUCGCAGCCCGACGGAGACGGUCGGUCCGUAGCGCGGCCGUCCGGCUCCACGCACCGACGGGGCGGGGGCUCCGGCGGGCAGCGGCCCCGCGGCACCUGCCGGCGGCAGCAGCAAGAGGAGGAGGGAGGGAGGCGGCGGCUCCCCGCCCGCGGCGGGAUCCCUCGGCAUGGCCCUGGCGGACAGCGCCCGCGGGCUGCCCAACGGCGGCGGAGUGUCGCCAGCGGCGGGGAGCGGGGCGGCGGCGGCGGCGGGCGGUUGGUCGGCCUUCCCCGAGAUCGUGGAGCUGAACGUGGGCGGGCAGGUGUACGUGACGCGGCGCUGCACCGUGGUCUCGGUGCGGGACUCGCUGCUCUGGCGCAUGUUCUCGCAGCAGCAGCCCAGCGAACUGCCCCGGGACAGCAAGGGCCGCUUCUUCAUCGACCGUGACGGCUUCCUCUUCCGCUACAUCCUGGAUUACCUGCGGGACCAGCAGCUGGUGCUGCCCGAGCACUUCCCCGAGCGCAGCCGUCUGCAGCGCGAGGCCGAGUACUUCCAGCUGCCCGACCUGGCGCGCCGCCUGGCGCAGGCUCGGGCCACCACCACAGCUGCCCGCCCCGCCGUGCUGCACCGCGACGGCUCGCUGUGCGCCGACGAACCGCCGCUGCUCGGCUGCCUGGAGGCAGAGCCCGCGGAAGGAGGCGCCGCGGCGGCGUCCGCACCGUCGCCCACCGCCAGCCGCAGCCCCUCGGGCGGACCGCUGCUGACGCCCUCGCAGUCGCUGGACGGGGCGGGCGGGCGGCGCUCGGGCUAUAUCACCAUCGGCUACCGCGGCUCCUACACUAUCGGGCGGGAGGCGCAGGCCGAUGCCAAGUUCCGCCGGGUGGCACGGAUCAUGGUGUGCGGCAAGACCGCGCUGGCCAAGGAGGUUUUCGGAGAUACCCUGAAUGAGAGCAGGGACCCGGACAGGCCCCCGGAGAGGUACACCUCCCGCUACUACCUCAAGUUCACCUAUCUAGAGCAAGCCUUCGAUCGGCUCUCCGAGGCUGGCUUCCACAUGGUGGCUUGCAACUCCACCGGCACCUGCGCCUUCGGCCCCGAGCAGGGCGGCCCCGCCGACGACAAGAUCUGGACCAGCUACACCGAGUACGUCUUCUGCCGGGACUGAGCCCCGCCCGGCAGCGAGGGGCUGCGUGGCCCUCGCACCCGCGGGGCUCCCCUGCCGCCCACCGCCUCACCUCACCGCAGCGCGCAGCCCCGGAGGGCCCCGGGGGCGGGAGCCGUCGUGCCGCAGCCCGUUUUGGCUGCCGUGGCGCGGCCCGGCUGCCCCGUCCCCCGUCAGGCCCCCCGGUAGCUGUGUUGGGAGCGGGGAGGGAACAGGUCACGGGUGUGGAUAAAUACCCGAGCUAGGAAGGUGUCGCUUGCCCAGCUCCUGCUUCUCCGCACAGUGCCGUCAGGUUGGGGCGUAGGGGACAAAGAACUCUUUUUCUGGUUGAUUUAUGUUGAACUAGUAGGUGUUCUUUCCCGUCCCCAUACUAAGACUGAGGCUUUACCUCUUUGGGCAGGUUCUGGCAGUCCGUUUUGUGGCCCCUCCCUUGAAGGCGAUGCCAGCCUUUGAAGGACAACCGUGUGGCAGUGAUGGCUGCCUGUGGCGCUGGCAUUGCAGCUCGGUACUUAACUUUUAGAGAUGAAUAAUUUUGCAGGAAGUGGGCGUCUUUGUGACCAGAUCCAUCCAUGCCCAUACCCCUCUCUCAGCCUCUGAACUUCCCAGGCUGUGGAGCUGGGCCGAGGCCUGAGCAGCAGGAGCGUGAGGCUGCAGUGGAGCGCCGUUCUUGGGAUAACCAACCACUGAACUGUGGUGUCUGUGGAAUCAAGGGACAGUCCUUUGGAAGCUUAAAAUGCUGUGUACAUUGUAACUUUCAUGGGUGGCAUGAAGUCCUUAUGAUUCUUUUGAAGUCUACAAUAUGCAUAGAAUAUUAGUGCAUAUUUCCUUAGCGUCCUCCAAAUGGCAGGGGUGGGAUAACAGCGGGGCUGCCAUAGUGAAGGUGGGGCCUGCUUCCUGUCAGGGUGAAAUUGUGUAUGUAUGUUGAAUGGAAGCAGAUGGAUUUUUUUUUUUUUUUUUUUUUAAGUGUAAUCAAGAGUACCUUGCUUAUUACUUUGAGUUUGGUCAUUUUAGUGGUGUAAAAUUUUGAAGCCAACAGAACUGAUGCUGAAGCAACAUUUUUAAGAAACAGUCUCUUGUUUUUCAUGUCAGUAUUACCUGGGAAGUGACUGCUGAGAGUCAAAAACCUCUCCUGCAACACAGCUCAUUCUUAGAAAGGAUUAAGCCCCAUCCUUAUGAAAGCUUGGGCGAUGCCAGUGUAUUUCAGGGGAAAUUACCCCAUCAGGAAGUAAAGCUGUGUUGUGUUCAUGCUGUCUGUUUGUCUCUUGGAUAAGAUGGCCAUAGCUUGCUUUGCAGCCUACAGUCUGAGAGUGGCUUGUACAAUUGGGAAGGUCAAGCAGUUCUUUCCAAUAAAUUCCUGAAGGUUUGAGUACAAAAGCACUUUAAAACCUGAUUUUGAAACCUGUGUUGUCUGUUCAGAUGGUGAUGGAAAAAUACCGUAAAUGUAUCCUAAUUGUUGGAAGAAUUCAACAUGUAAAGCCUGAAGUUGCAUGUUUUGAAACUACUGAAUCAAGUUGAUCUUUCUAACCCCAAAUUUAGAAAUACUGCUAGCACUUAUGUCUAACCAAAGAAUUUCAUAGUAGGGUUUUAUUUUUUAAAGCUUUAGUUCCUUUGAAAAGAGCUAUAGCCACUUACUGAGUUCCAGCACUCGGUCUCCAUGCGCAUCACUUGGUCAUUCACUGAGUACAUCUGCAGUUGCGUAAAACUGAAAAUAACUUGCACAGCCAUGAGUUUGUUAAUUGGCAAGAUUGUUUAUCAGUGUGACUAAAGUGAUGAUGCGCAUGCGAAAGCUCUGGAUAUUGUCCAGCUGUAGAUAGAUGUAUAACAGAGUAUUUUUAAGUGGAGAGCAAUGUCCAUGUCUUGUUAGAUGAGCAAUAAGAUAGAGUGAGAGGCCAAUACACCUGAAGACAGAAUGAAACCUGUUUGUCCUAUGCCUUACUCUGAGACAAUUUCUUUGUGCAUAACAUUUAUACCGCAAGUGAAAGGAGCUUGAUCACAGCUACUAGUCUUUACAAUGUCAUUCUCAAGAAUAUUGACUGUCUUUUUCUAGUUUCCGUUCAGUAACUCUGAAGUAUGUUUUUUAAGAUUUUGUAUAAGAUUCCAGUAAAGUGUUUGGAUUCUCUCUAGGUAGCUUUCUUUUUUUAAGAAUCUGGUAGCUUACAAAAUCCAUCAUAGAAGCUAUGGAUAGGGACGGUUUAGAAUUGAACUGGUGAUUUAGUAUGUAUAUAUAUAUACAGUAUGUAAACAUUUUACACGAAUCAUUUAGUUUUUUAAUCACUUUAGUGCUACAGACCUUCAUAUCUAGCUGAGCAUUUACAUAUUACGCUGUGUACAUAAUAUGGCGAUGUUCUAUUGGUUUCUUAUACCUGUUUCUAUGGAAGAAAACAGAGUAUGAAUAUCAGCAUUAGUGUAGAACUGAAAUCGAUUACAUAUUUGCUUGAAUGUGAAUCAUACCUUAACUUCCAGGUGGUUGAAUGCAUCUCUAACAAAGAUUGCCUGUAGUUUGAUCAGUGAGUGCUGACCCAUUUGAUGGCAGAUGAUCCAGGAACUCUCAGAAAUUUAAGUAAAAGUUGAUAUAGUAAAAAUAUAAAUGGAUCAUUUAAAACAAAUAAUCUUUGUGUUUGUGCUAAAAACUCUUUUAAGUGUGAUUAGUAUUAGAGAGUGAGGCUGUUCAUUUACAGAUAUCUCAUUAAAAUCUUGGUUUGAAAUGACGGUGUCACAUAUUCAAUAGUCAUUUGAUGACUUGCUGCAGAAGACUCUAUUUCUUAAAGGUUAAUUUCAGUUACAUUUUCCAAAGGUAAAAUGCCCCAGGCCAAGUCCCUGAGUUUGGAUGCUCUCCUCUGGUGAGCACUCAGAGAAUGGAUGGAUGCGAUGGCUCCUUUAACCCGUUAUUCUACAGAAGGACAACAUCUAAAGGCACACUGCUAGAGCCCCGUACGUGGUUUGCAGCUGUUCAUUAUAGAUGUAUUUGGAGAUAAAUACAAGAGCUGUUAAACUCAGUCGUUCUUUUAAUUAGAAUUUAAGGUUUUCAGUGAUGCGUAUCAUGAAGGGUGACUGCGGAUGUUUGAUAGGAUGUUUAUAUUUUUAUACAUGUAGAUAGCAAACCACUUGCUCAUUCUUACUUUCACAUGUAUAGCAUUGAAAAUAAAGAUCCUCCUAGGAAAACGUUACAUACCAAAUUAAAUUGUUGUUCUUUAAAUAUUAA